AUGAGGGUGCUGUUAUUUUGCCUGGCCGGCUUACUGGUUUGCCUGCAGACGGCUGAUUCUCACUCAUUGCCGCAAAAGGAUUACGACACUGACUCCAGCAAACAUGACAUAACUAAUCCACUGAAUGACAUCAGCGGAAAUAAUAGCAGCUCGGAUCCUGACAACUCCAGGGGAAUGUUCAAUUUUGGCUCCACAACGUUCCUCGUGCGUUACGUAACCAGAGAUGACAAUAAAGUGGACAAAAGUAUAUACGCCCACAAGAACGGCAAAGCGAAGAAAGUUUUAGAAGACGGCAUAGCCGUCUUUGAUGACUUUCCGAAGUCGCGCGCCUAUUUGGGCAACAAGGACGGUAUCUACGUUUACGACACAGAAACAGAGAAGCUUGAGAAGUACGGCAAUCUGAGUGACAACGUCAUCGGGAUCGUAAAAGAGAACCGCAGUGACGACCUGUACAUUCUGACGGAAGACCACGUCGUCUACAAGGUCAUCGAGGAAGGUACCAAGAAAGUCAAAGUCAACGAGGCUGAGCAUGCUGAGAGAAUAGCGCUGGACUGGGAUGACAACUUGUACUACAUCGGAGCGAACGAUCAACCGUAUGUUGUCGCUUCGGACGGUGCGAAGAAGAUCGAAGGUCUUCCAGCUAACCCAACUUCAGUGUUUAUCUCUAGGCCUCCGAUCAAGAUAAAACAUGGAGCGUGGUUUAUGUCCGGAAAGCAGCCCUACAUUAUUUAUCCCAACGCGAGCAGCGAACCGUACGUGUUCAACGACCAAGAGAAGUUGGAAUACGAGAAAAGAAUUCGUGAUCUCGAAGUUAUUUUCUCUCAGUUCAACAACCAAAUAGAGGAAUAACGUAUUAUCUUUCGA